UUGAGUUCAAAGUGAGUACCAAAUUUGUGCCUUACUAUAUAUUAUACCUAUCUAUAUAUUGUAGAUGUCAUAUCUCAAUACAAAGGGUUGCAUUUUUUGUUGGAUCAUUUAAUUAAGCUUCAAAUUCAAUUAUCCUAAGAAAGAAUGAGACAAAGAUUGGAAAGGUUUGUCAUUCUUCCUUUCUCCAUUGGUUGUGUCUCUGAGGCCAGUGUAGAUGUUGGUGUUCCACAUCCAAGAAGAUCAAAAUCAGACACUAACUCACAACAUGAUGCAAUAAAAGGACAUAAAGAUGAGGAGGAGGAUUCAGAGAUUUUGUCUAAUGAAAGCAUGAAGAAUUCUUUGAGAGUACUCCUUGAUGUUGUUCCAAAGCCUAACCUUUCCUUCAACAAGUUGUUCAAAGGUUUCAAGAACAUUUCUCAAUUGUUUGGGGAGAAAGAAGAGGAAUUAGAAGAAGAAAUGGACAUGGACAUGGAAAUAGGGUGCCCAACAGAUGUUCAACAUGUGACACACAUUGGUUGGGAUGGUGUGACAACCUCAUUUGCUGACCUUCUAUCUAUACCAUUACCAGCCUCUCAAUCUUUACAGCCAAAAUAUGAAUAAUCAUCUCCCUUCAUGCUUUUUUCUAUUACUUAAUUAAUUCAAAAUUGUAUCUUAUACAUGAUAUAUGAAAAACUAGAAAGAUAAAAGUGUGAUUUGAUUGUUGUGGAUAUAUACAAAUAUUAUAUGAGCAUAUUAUAAA